AUGGAAAUAGCUUUAUCGAUUCCCUACCAACGUUGCCAUGUUGAUGAUCAUGUUGGGACAAGUUUUGGUUCGAUAUCCCCAACGUUGUCUGAAAAGCGCAGGAUGUUCAUUCUCGGUAUGGGAUUCGUGGGGCAAUCACUUGCACGCAAACUCCACAACCAAGGAUGGGUCGUGUCUGGGACUUGCACAACACACGUGAAGCAGAAGCAGCUCCAGGACAUGGGGUUUCAUGUUCACCUUUUCGAUGCAAUCCACCCCGAUCUGGAUAUCCUAAGGCUACUGAAAAAUUACUCUCACAUUCUUGUUUCUGUGCCCCCUCUUGUUGGCGUUGGUGAUCCGAUACUCCAGCAUAAAGAACUCUUAAGAAGCUCGUUAGUCAAUUCGAAUCUUCAGUGGCUCAGUUACUUGUCUUCAACUAGUGUCUAUGGAGACUGUGCCGGUGAAUUGGUGGAUGAGGAUUAUCCAACAAACCCGGAAAGUGAGUUGGCUAAAUUAAGGUUAAGUUCUGAAGAAGGUUGGUCAAAUUUGGCUCACGAUCUUGGGAUCUCACCACUUUUAUUUCGACUGGGAGGUGUCUAUGGCCCUGGUAGAAGUGCCAUCGAUACAAUAAUCAAACAGAAGCCUAUGUCAGAAGGUCAGAAGAGAAGAAGUCACCGAAAAUACACAUCCAGAGUACAUGUUGAUGACAUCUGCCAGGCACUGAUGACUACUGUUUAUGUACCUCCCCCCAGGGAAGUUUACAAUAUCGUUGAUGAUGACCCUGCUCCGAGGGAAGAAGUAUUUGAGUAUGCAAUGAAAUUGGUGGAGGAAAAGUGGCCAGGUCUGAAGUUACAAAGUGUGGAGCAGAGGCGGAAAGAGUGGUCAAAUGUAAAUCCAAGGGGUGAGAAGCGAGUGUGUAAUGCCAGAAUGAAGAGGGAACUAAGGCUCCAACUACUUUUCCCUGAUUACAAAUCAGGAUUGAAGAGUGUAAUUGACCAAAUUCAGAGUCCAUUCCACUGUCAUUAA